GCGAGAAAUGAAGACGUUAUCGCCGACCCGCGUCGCGUGACUUGUGACUUGGAAGGAGGAUGGUGCACGGCGUGCAUCGAGCCGUGCAUACGGAGUGGGUAGUCCGCGAUGUGACCGUGAUGCGGAUGCCAUGCGUGAAGCGAGUGAUGUUCGCGCGCGAUGCGUCAAGCGCCAGACUGCCUGGUCCACGGCUCUGACUCCGAUCUUGGCCUCUCUUAUAUGGGGUGUAUUACGCGGAAAAUCGGCGGAGGACAGCCUUGCAUGAUGUGGAGGGCAGGUCAUUUCCGUCAUAACAGAGAAGCGGUAAGCCGUCGGAUUGUAGUCGAAACGAAGCGAGCGCGCUCUGGCGCGACUUGACUCAUUAGGUGCCUGCCCUGCCUGCGGUGCCCGCGCCGCGAGUGCGUCCGACAGAACAGUUCUCGCCAGCCGCCUACAACGCCACGCUACCUACAACCUGGGACUUGUCAUUACACCUCACUGUUACCUCUUAGAAAAGAGUAUGGAUCACUUGCCCGACGACGUCUUGCUGAUGGUGUUGGAGUAUGUCGAGGUGGAGGACCUCCUUGCCUGCCGGCUUGUCUGCAAGAGGCUGGCAGAGCUCGUCCUGCACCCGCAACCGUGGCGUCACCGAUGGAUCCGUGCGUGGACAGACCACGCGGCUGACGCUGAAGCCUGUUUGAUUUGCCCGACGCUGCGAUUGGCGCCUUGCGUCCGCAUGCUGAUCCUCAAGCUCCCUUCGGAGACAUGCCAGCUGCCAUUCACGACAACCACAUGUGCCGUUUCGAUUUUGAAUCUGGAGUUGCUGGACAUGACUGUCUGCACGCACGCCGCUUUCGUGAUCCGUAACCAACUGGCGCUUGGACGGCUAAAAGAGCUUCAUGUUUGUUUCCCUGCAAAGGUGUUUUGCGUCUCGGAGAUAAGUGCCUUAACUGAGUUUACACCAAUUCGAUUUGGAUUCUCCCUUCUGUUGGAAACGCUGGCUAUAGCGUCCGGUCUGGUGACGCUUUCAACCAAUACACUCCCAAUUUACAUUGCUCCGGACAGGUUCAUUCUACACCACACCGUGCCCAUAAUACCAUCCCUAAAACACUUCCGCUCUGAAUUUCUGCCGAAGUCAGAGCUCUUCAUCGACUUCGUUCUGGCCGGGCAUGCCCGCACCCUAGAGGUGAUUAACCUUGGAGCCUUUUGGGUGAACCGGUUCUCGAAGUCCAUCUCCACGGCGCCCCUCCUCGCCGGGAUGCCGAACCUUCGCGAGCUCCGUUGCCCUCCCGCGCUGGCCGGGAUGGAGGUCGUGGCAUCGUGCACUUCUCUGAGAAUGGUGACCUUUCACAUAUUCCCCGACAUGCCGUCUGCUGUCAUCGCGGGGGCAGCCGAGUUCCUCCGCCGCGCCACCCAGCUGCGCGAGGUGUCGCUGGUGUACCGGCCCGGGCCCACCAGGCCCGAUGACGUCGGCGUAGGCCUGAUGCGCGAUCUGGCCUGGUCAGGACGCUCCCGCGUGGAGUUGCUGUCCAUCGACAACGGCUCGUGCAAGGACUUCCCGCAGCAGCAGCCGCUCCUGAGCGCACUCCCCGGGCUGCCCAGACUGCAGCACCUGCGCCUGGAGUCUUCGGCGUUACCGGAGGAGCUGCUGCUGGCCCUCGGCCCGGACACGACCCCAGCCCUGCAGACCCUCGAGCUGGGUACGAAUGCCAUGGAAUUAGAGCGAUUGGAGGGUGAUCAGUGGUGCCUCCACUCCUGGCUUCACGACAUUCACGACAAUUGCAUUUCCCAUACCCUCCUGAAAGUACACCCCUCGAUCAAGAUCCUUCCAACAGACGACGUUAAUUUCUACUGCUCUGUCGUGCACGACUGUUCUCUGUGCACUCCGUGUGCAUCAGGUUGCCACCGAGAGCUUUCCGGGAAUUACCGGUCGCAUUUUCGAGACGCUUUGAUUAAAUUCUGCCCUUAACCAUGCUAUGUAUUUGCUCAUAUAUGUCUUUUCAAAAAAUAAAAUGAUCUGCUCAGCAGUUAGUUAAUGAAA